AUGCCUGUCUUUCCCAUUGACGAGGCACAGCUGGUCGCUCUAUUCAUGCAGAGCGUGACAUAUGGUGUCCAUGUAGUAACUUUCACUAUUUGUAUGUGGAAGCUCGUCAAGAAGUUCAGAAGCGGACAGGGCUCUGCGCACUGGCCAUGGACAGUUAUUGCUAUUGCUCUCUUUGCUAAUGGGACAGUUGAUGUGUCGUUCAAUCUAUACCAUAACCUGAUUGCAUUCAUUUUCUAUCGAGGAAAUGGUGGCGCUGAAGAGGAAUUCACGGCCUCUACGACAUGGCUCAACUUGAUCAGGAGUGUCUCUUUCAGCCUAGGGAUUGUCAUAUCUGAUGCCGCCCUGAUGUAUCGCGCCUGGAUCAUUUGCAAUCGCAGAUGGAUCGUCAUAGUACCAUCCAUUGUUCUCUUGUGUGCGACACUCGCAUCUGCGACAGCAUAUUUAUACUACAUGAACCUCGAGAAUAUGGAAACAGCUCACCUAGGGAUGAUAAUGCAUCGUAUUUGGCAAGUCACCAAACAGAUCACAGAGUUCUUACCACCUGGAGGAAUGCUCGCCCGCGUGAACAGGAUUCUCGUUGAAUCUGCAGUUCUGUAUACCACAUCUAUGCUAGUUGACUUUAUAGCGACUCUCGCAAGGAGUGUUUCGCUUCUUGGCCUUACCGAUAUUUCAUUGGAGCUUGCGGGUAUUGUCUUCGACCUCAUCAUCAUCCGGAUCAGUCAAGGCGCAGCUACGGAACAGACACAAGCUUUCACAGACUCUCUUGCACAGCGGGUCGUGGAUAUGUAUGUGGUGGAAAGUCAGUCGGCCGCAGAUGAUCGGACGAGGGGGUCUACACACUUGGAUUCGACCACGCGACUAGCGAAGGAUAUUCCAGAAGGUCUUACAUACAUGCAAGACUCACAGGUCUAG